UUUUUUUUUUUUCUUCCUCCUCCUUUCUCUUCUUCUCCUCUUCCUCCUUUUUAACACUCUCUUUCCUUUCUGUUUCUCUCUUUCUUUGUGACCUUUUUGUUUUUGUGAUACCCUUUGAGCUGCCUGUCUUUGCGCAGACAGCUCAUUUCGUUCCAGGACCUUCUUCACAGGAGGAACUGGUGUGCCCACUGUUUACACGAAACUUUGUUGAGGAAAGAGGAGUUGUUUAGUCCAUCAUGGAUCAACAACGGUUUUUGCAGCAGCUGCAGAUUGUGCUGAAUCCCUCCCAGGGUAACGUUAAGGAAGCGACCGGCGUCCUGCAGCGCGAGUUCUACAAGAACCCCGAGUCCCUCGUUCUGCUCAUCCAGAUUGCCACUGGCCAUGAAGACCCGAAUCUGAGACAGCUCGCCGCUGUCGAGAGUCGCACGUUGGUGGUCAAGCACUGGGUGUCCGUCCAAGCCAGCCAGAAGCCCCAGAUCCGUGAACAGUUGCUGCGUGCUGCUGUUGGCGAGAGCUCGUCUCUCGUCCGCCACUCGGUCGCUCGUGUCAUCUCUGCGAUUGCCAAGAUUGAUCUGAACGAUGGCGAGUGGGCCGAUCUGCCCAACUUCCUGCUCCAGGCUGCCAGCACCGGCAACAAGGAGGAGCGUGCCGUCAGCAUCUACAUCCUCCUCACUAUCCUGGAGACCCUUGGUGAUGGAUUCGAGGAGAAGUUCGAGGAGCUGUUCCAGCUGUUUAGCAAGACCAUCAGCGACCCCGAGAGCGAGGAAGUUCGCAUGAACACCCUCAUGGCCUUGAGUAAGCUGGCCAUGUACCUUGAUUCGGAGGAGAACAUGGCUCCCGUCAAGGCUUUCCAGAACCUUAUCCCCUCCAUGGUGGCCGUCCUUAAGGACGUCAUCACCCGCGAGCAGGAUGACGGUAUCAUGCAGGGCUUUGAGGUCUUCCAGACUCUUCUCGGCUGUGAUCCCGCUCUGUUGACCGUCCAUCUCAAGGACCUGGUUAUCUUCAUGAAUGAGCUGGCCGGCAACACCGAGCAGGAGGAGGAUGUUCGUACCCAGGCCAUCAGCUUCCUCAUGCAGUGCGUUCAGUACCGCAAGCUGAAGAUCCAGGGUAUGCGCAUUGGCGAGCAGCUUACCCGCACGGCGCUGCAGGUUGUCACCGAGCUCGGCGAUGCUUCUCCUGCCGACGAUGACAUUACCCCUGCCCGCUCUGCCCUUGGUCUGCUUGAUAUCCUGGCCCAGAGCCUGCCUCCCAGCCAGGUUGUUGUGCCUCUGCUCCAGUCUCUCGGACAGUACUUCAACAACACCAAUCCUGACUACCGUCGCGCUGGUAUCAUGGCUCUCGGCAUGUGUGUCGAGGGUGCCCCCGACUUCAUCAGCACUCAGAUGCACGAAAUCUUCCCCAUGGUGCUCCAGCUUCUUGCUGACUCCGAGCCCAAGGUUCGCCAGGCGUCCUUGCACGCCGUGGCUCGCUUGGCCGAUGACCUUGCCGAGGAUCUCAGCCAGGAGCACAAGAGACUCAUGCCUCUGCUUUUCCAGAACCUGGCCAGUGCCAUGCAGGAGUACAAGGGUGAGGAGGACGGUCCUACCGUCGACAUCAUGAAGGCUGGUAUCAGCGCUAUCGACGCUGUUGUCGACGGCCUCGACGAGAAGGAUGUUGCUCCCUACCAGGGCGAGUUGGUUCCCAUCCUCCACAACUUGUUCAAGCACCCCGACUUCCGCAUCAAGGGCUUGGCUGCUGGUGCCCUUGGCUCCCUGGCCUCUUCUGCCGGCGACUCUUUCCUUCCCUUCUUCGACGACUCGAUGCACCUCCUCCAGGAGUUCGCUACCGUGAAGGACAGCGAGGAGGAACUCGAUCUGCGUGCCAGUGUCACUGAUGCCAUGGGAGAGAUGGCCGCUGCCGCCGGACCUGAGCGCUACCAGCCCUACGUUGAGCCCCUGAUGCGUGCCACCGAGGAGGCUCUCCACCUGGGACACUCCCGUCUCAAGGAGAGCACUUACAUCUUCUGGGGUGCCAUGUCCAAGGUCUACGUCGAGCUUUUCGCUCCCUUCCUCGAUGGUGUUGUCAAGGGUCUUUUCGCUUGCAUCGAGCAGGACGAGACCGACCUUGAUGUCUCCCUUGGUGAGGCUGCCAAGGACCUCAUUGGCCAGGAGGUCACCAUCGGUGGCAAGAAGGUUCGCGUUGCCGAUGCCGAUGAGGACGACGAGCCGGUCGGUGAGGAUGGCGAUAUCGAGGAUGUCGACCUUGAUGAUGAGGAUGGAUGGGAUGAUAUCACUGCCACCACUCCUCUGUCUCUUGAGAAGGAGAUUGCUGUCGAGGUCAUUGGUGAUCUUGUCACUCACACCAAGUCCGCCUAUCUGCCUUACUUUGAGAAGACUAUCGAGAUGGUUCUGCCCCUUGCCGAGCACCCCUACGAAGGUGUGCGCAAGAGCACCAUCAGCACCCUGCACCGCUCUUACGCUAUGCUGUACUCCAUUGCUGAGGAGAGCGGCCAGAUGGCCAAGUGGCAGCCUGGUCUGCCUCUCCAGGUCCAGCCCGCCAAGGAGGUUCAGAAGUUCGGUGAGAUCCUCAUGACCGCUACCGUCAAGAUGUGGACCGAAGAAGAUGAUCGGGCUACCGUCGCCGACAUCAACCGCAACAUGGCUGAGAACCUUCGCUACUGCGGUCCCUCUUUGAUCUCCAACGAGACUACCCUGCACAACGUGAUCCAGAUGAUCACCGACAUCAUCACCAAGAAGCACCCUUGCCAGCUGGAGUUCGGCCCCGAAGAGGAGACUCUCGAGGCCGGCGAGGAGACCUCCGAGUUCGACUGGGUUGUCGUCGACACCGGUCUGGACGUUGUCUCCGGCAUGGCUUCCGCCCUUGGCCCCAGCUUCGCUGAGCUGUGGAAGGUCUUUGAGAAGACUGUUCUGCGCUAUGCCGGCAGCACUGAGGCUCUUGAGCGUGCCACUGCUGUCGGUGUUCUCGCUGAGUGCAUCAACGGCAUGGGCUCUGCUGUCACCCAGUUCACCCCUACGUUCAUGAAGUUGCUUCUGCACCGCCUCGGUGACGAGGACUCCCAGACUCGCUCCAACGCUGCCUACGCCGUCGGCCGUCUCGUUGAGCACUCCGACGCCAAGGAUCUGAUUGUCAAGGAGUUCCCCACCAUCCUUACCCGCCUGGAGCAGUGCCUGCACAUGAACGUGUCCCGCCUCCAGGACAACGCCACUGGCUGCCUUAGCCGCAUGAUCCUCCGUCACCGCGAGAAUGUUCCCAUCAAGGAUGUCCUCCCCGUGCUGCUCACCAUUCUUCCCUUGAAGAACGACUUUGAGGAGAACGACCCCUUGUACCACAUGAUCUGUCAGCUGUACAAGUGGGAGGACCCCACUGUCCGCGAGCUCACUCCCCAGCUCCUGCCCAUCUUCCAGGCUGUUCUCAGCGACGAGGACCAGCUCGAGGAGGAGCGCCGCGCCGAGCUCAUCGAGCUGGUCAAGUGGCUGAACCAGAUGCAGCCUGGUGCUGCCCCGUGGGCCGAGCAGCUGUGAAGCCGCGGCGCACGAUGAUGACCGCUUGAUGACCAAAUACUACUUAAUGGAUAGACCGGGUCUCUCACCGAGGACUCUGAUGGACGACGUUAGAAGAUACCCCUGGGGAGCCACAGCGCGAUGAACCCACAGCGAUAGAUAUGGCGGACUGCUAUGAAUUAUGAUCAAAAGUGGUGUAUAUAUGUUAUGAGUUCAAUUGAAUUGCGAUUGCUGUUCAUUUAUG